AUGGCCCCAUCCAACCAGAGCAGUGUUCAGCUCAUGACAAUCCAGAGCCAGGACGGGUCUCUGCACAACAUUCAAGUGGAAACCCAAACCGCAUCCAAAGGCGCCGAUGAGAAGAGGAGGCGUAAUGCUGGCGCAUCAGCACGUUUCCGUGCAAGAAGGAAGGAAAAAGAGCGUGAAGCUUCCAUGAGUAUAUCGAGACUGGAACAGAGCGUCCGCGACUCGAACGAGGAUGCCGAAUAUUAUCGUUCUGAGAGGGACUACUGGAGAUCGAUUGCCAUGCAAGCUCACCCAGAACGCCAUAUCACCCGACCGCCGUCGCCUCGGCUGAGGCGUGUUUCGGUAGCACCGUCACGCGCACCAUCUUCCACAACCGGACAUGGCUCAGAGGCUUCGUAUGACGACUACGAAGAGGAACUUCGUGAGGAGGAGCGCAACCACCAACAGGCGCAAACGACAGGUCCUCACCAUCCUGCGCCUAAACAAGCUGCUUACCGCGACUCCUUCCCACCUGAGGCUCGUCGAUACGAGCACCACGCCUAG